GUGACGUGGUGGUGGUGUGGUGGCGAAGCGCUGCGCUCGCGGGCUCGGAAUCGUGGUACUGUGCUGAGGCUGGUCGUCCCGGGGACUUCUGUUUCGCGUGCGAGGACGGAGGAGGAGAAGCGUCGCGGGCGUGCGGGUGCUAUGUGAAGCGACGCCGCUGGCACGCGCCCCGUGUGCCCUCGGAACGCAGCGCCUCGCUCCCUACGGCCGCCCGUGGGUCUGUGAGUGGAGGCUCCGGGUGGGAUUCCUGCCGCCUCUCCCCUCGGCGUGUGGUGCAUCUCGCCCAGUGUGGCCUCGGCGGCUGUGUCAUGUGGAUCGGCGAGGAGUGGUGCGCACGUGGAGGCGAGGACCCAGAUCGCUUGCAUGAUGGCUAGUGUGUGAAGUACUUGCUGCGCGGUGGCCAGCUGGCCUUCCUCGUGACAGCGCGAAUCGCGAACUCGCAAGCAUUGUGUGCAGUGGAUGACAAUUGUCGCGCCCUGCUGCAUGGAUCUAACAGUGCUAAUUAUUUGCGCGAGAACUAGUGCACAAACUGUACUCCGGUGCUCCUUCGCGUCGAAAUUCGCAUGAAGAAGGAGUGAGUCGUCACCACCGGAGCCGCGCUCGACAAACGUGACCCAGAGGAGUGCAGUCUCUUCCCCUUCACCAUGGAGGACUCUAUGAUGGCGGACGUGGACCCGGAGACGCUGCUGGAGUGGCUGCAGAUGGGGCAGGGCGAGGAGCGCGACAUGCAGCUCAUCGCCCUCGAGCAGCUGUGCAUGUUGCUGCUCAUGUCCGAUAACGUCGACAGGUGCUUUGAAAGCUGCCCGCCAAGGACCUUCCUGCCAGCCCUCUGCCGCAUCUUCCUGGACGAGUGCGCGCCAGACAACGUCCUCGAGGUGACAGCGCGCGCCAUCACCUACUACCUCGAUGUGUCCGCCGAGUGCACCCGCCGCAUCACCACCGUCGAGGGCGCCAUCAAGGCCAUGUGCAACCGCCUUGUUGUUGCUGACGUCACAUCCAGGACGAGCAAAGACUUGGCUGAACAAUGUAUAAAGGUCCUGGAACUGAUUUGCACCCGGGAGGCAGGCGCCGUGUUCGAAGCCGGCGGCCUGAACUGCGUCCUGUCCUUCAUCCGCGACAAUGGCCACUUGGUCCACAAAGACACCCUGCACUCGGCCAUGCACCUGGUCUCGAGGCUGUGCGGGAAGAUGGAGCCCGCCGACCCCGGCCUGGCCCCCUGCGUCGAGUCGCUGUCCACGCUGCUCCGGCACGAGGACCAGCAUGUUGCAGAUGGAGCUCUCCGCUGUUUUGCUUCUCUGGCCGAUCGGUUCACCCGCCGUGCUCAGGACCCUGCCCCCCUUGCACAGCACUGCCUUGUUACACACCUUCUAGCUCGCUUGGCUGGUGCAGCACCCCAGCCUGCUCCAGGGGCUGCUGCUGCUGCUCCAGGUGCACCUGCUGCCACGCCAGAAAACUCAAAGACAUCUGCAUCUGUCUCCACUGUGAUCUCCCUGCUCUCCACACUUUGUAGAGGCUCACCCAGUAUUACUCAUAAUCUGUUGAGAUCUGAACUACCUGAUGCCAUAGAGAAAGCCCUACAAGGAGAUGAGCGCUGUGUGCUGGACACCAUGCGCUUAGUAGACCUAUUGCUGGUGCUGCUUUUUGAAGGGCGGAAAGCCCUGCCAAAGUCAGGGAUGAGCACUGUGGCAAGCCGUCUGCCAGGGCUAAGGCGAAUGGACAGUUCUGGAGAGAAGACCCAUCGUCAGCUUAUAGACUGCAUUAGAAGUAAAGAUACAGAUGCUCUCAUAGAUGCCAUAGACAGUGGGGGUAUCGAAGUGAAUUUCAUGGAUGAUGUGGGUCAGACCCUCCUCAACUGGGCAUCAGCAUUUGGUACUCAGGAGAUGGUGGAGUUCCUUUGUGAAAGAGGUGCUGACGUUAAUAAAGGCCAAAGAUCGUCCUCUCUUCACUAUGCAGCAUGCUUCGGCCGCCCACAAAUAGCCAAAGUUUUAUUGCGUCACGGUGCAAACCCUGACCUCCGGGAUGAAGAUGGGAAGACUCCCUUAGAUAAAGCAAGGGAAAGAAAUGAUGAAGGUCACAGAGAGGUUGCAGCCAUCCUGCAGAGUCCAGCUGAAUGGCUGGUAGUGGCAGAUGGAAAGUCUACUAUCUCCUCACAGGAUAAGAAAACAGUAGAAGAGGGAAACAGUGCAAAUAUUGAAGGCGAGGCAGAAAUUGGAGAACCACGUGGCGAUGUGGAAAUGGCGCCAGUGUACCUCAGUCGUCUUCUUCCUGUGUUCUGUCACACCUUCCAAGCCACAAUGGUCCACACAGUUCGGAAGGCUUCGCUUAGUAUUUUAAGAAAGAUGGUACAUUAUAUACCUGCACCACUGCUUCAUCAGGUGUGUGGUGGUGAGGGGACAACAAUCAGCACAAGCACUAAUAAUAUCAAUGCAAGUACCAGCACUGCCAACACCCUUCUGGGCUCGCAGUUAGUGGAGGUCAUUGCUCUCGUCCUUGGCAAUGAGGAAGAUGAAGACGGUCACCUGGUGGCACUGCAGAUGGUAGAUGACCUCUUGAGCAAGGCUGCCCCUUUGCUGCUGGAACACUGCGCUCGUCUGGGGGUCAUCAGUAAAGUAGGGUCACUGGCAGGCCCAUCUGACCCGCCCAUUGAAGAAUAUAGCUCAAAGGGCAAGGACGAUCAGGAGCAGCUCAUGCUUGGUGAACUCCUUACAAGCAGUCACUUGUUUGGACUUCAUCGUAAGGAGGGAGACGAGCCAGGUAUGGAGGAUGCCAAGGAGGUGGUUCCUGGGAAGGCCUACCACUGGCGGGACUGGUGUGUGGCCCGUGGAAGGGACUGCCUCUACAUUUGGAGCGACGCAGCUGCACUAGAGCUGUCCAAUGGAUCCAAUGGCUGGUUCCGCUUCAUCCUGGAUGGGAAGCUGGCCACCAUGUACUCGUCGGGGAGCCCUGAGGGGGGAUCAGAGAGCACAGCAGAGAACCGCAGUGAAUUUCUAGAGAAGCUUCAGCGGGCCAAGUCAGCUGUGCGACCAGGGAGCCCCAGCCAGCCUGUUUUGUCCACUCCAGGGCCUGCACGAUUGGUCAUUGGGAACUGGUCUUUGCAGUGCAAGAAGGAGGGUGAGCUCCACAUCCACAACUCUGAUGGUCAGCAACAAGCCACUAUCUUGAGAGAAGACCUGCCCGGCUUCAUUUUUGAGAGCAACAGGAACACCAAGCACUCCUUCACAGCUGAAACGUCCCUGGGCCCAGAGUUCCAUGCCGGGUGGACAGGGCGGCGAGGGAAGAGGUUCCGGUCUAAGGUGGAGGCAAUGAAACAGAAGGUCAAAGGUUUAGCCCGUGAUGUUUACGAAAAAUACUUCAAAGCAGCACAGACCCAGCCACGUGGGGUGGUAGCCAAAUUAGGAAAUAUUGUGGCACAAAUUGAAAGGGCUUGUCAGAAACAGGUUAGUAACAAGAACAGUGGAGAAUGGACCGAGAUCCUGAGAGCUGCAGUCGAGGACCUAGUCACCCUCCUGCGCGACGAAAGCACAGUCUCUGCCUACGAGUUGCAUUCUUCCGGCCUUGUUCAAGCUCUUCUGACGCUUCUCAGCCCAGGCACAGCUCAACAUAUUCCCGAAGACAACAGACAGGUUUCCCAGCGACGACUUAACAAGAUGAUCAAGCAGCGGAGAAAUGUCUUCAAGAGCUGCUUUAAGGACAAAGUAGAUGAAGAGACAGCCACAAUUAGCACUUCUGUAAGCCCUGGGACACAGCUUGUACGCAAACUGGUGUCAGUGCUAGAAAGUGCAGAAAAACUACCCUUGUAUAUAUAUGACAUUCCUGGAGCUGGCUCGGGCCUGCAGGUGUUGAGUAGACGUCUUAGAUUUAGACUCGAAAGAGCACCUGGAGAGAGCUCUCUGAUUGAUAGGAAUGGAAGAACCCUUAAGAUGGAACCAUUAGCCACAGUUGAGCAACUUGAGCGAUACCUUCUCAAAAUGGUUGCAAAGCAGUGGUAUGAUUUUGAUAGAGCCUCCUUUGCUUUUGUCCGCAAACUGAAGGAGGGCCAGAAACUCACAUUUAAAUGCAACAGAGAUUUUGAUGAGAAUGGCAUUAUUUAUUGGAUUGGAACAAAUGCAAAGACUGCAUACGAAUGGGUCAAUCCAGCUUCUGUUGGCCUAGUGGUAGUGACAUCUAGUGAGGGGCGUAAUCUUCCCUAUGGGCGUCUAGAAGACAUACUUAGCCGUGACCCGUCAGCCCUGAACUGCCACACCAAUGACGAUAAGCGAGCCUGGUUUGCUAUUGAUCUCGGCGUGUGGUUUGUGCCGUCAGCUUAUACUCUCCGACAUGCAAGAGGUUAUGGCAGAUCGGCCCUUCGUAAUUGGAUGUUCCAGGUUUCUAAAGAUGGCAUGACUUGGACAACCUUGUACACUCAUGUGGAUGACUGCUCGCUCAAUGAGCCAGGCAGCACUCACACAUGGUUCAUUCAGCCACAACAAGAUGAAAAGACUGGAUGGAGACAUGUACGUAUUCAGCAAACAGGUAAAAAUGCAUCUGGUCAGACCCAUUACCUCUCUCUCUCUGGGCUUGAGCUCUAUGGCACUGUCACAGGUGUCUGUGAAGACCUUGGCAGAGCAGCCAAGGAAGCCGAGGCAAAUUUACGAAGGCAGAGGAGACUGGUUAAAUCACAGAUGGUGAAGCACAUGGUAGUUGGAGCACGUGUAGUACGUGGACUAGACUGGAAGUGGCGUGACCAGGACGGCAACCCCCCAAGUGAAGGAACCAUCACAGGCGAACUUCAUAAUGGUUGGAUUGAUGUCACCUGGGAUCACGGAGCCUCCAACAGCUACCGCAUGGGUGCAGAGGGCAAGUAUGAUCUCAAGCUGGCCCCUGGCUACGAUCCCGAGUCUCCCCAGGUGUCCAUUGUGUCCACAGGCAUCAGUAGCUCAUCCAGCAACACCUCCACCACCUCUGCACCUGCUUCGUCAAUACCCACAAUCACCACAGCCAUAAAGACCACCAAGGUGGUAAGCACAGAAGUCAGCCAAGGUACAAGUGUACUCACAAGUCGCAAGUGUAGCUCGACACCUUCACUACCUCAGGCAACCACAGACACACACAAACACUCUGUGGCUGCAUCCGAGCAGGCAGCAUCUGAUGACAAUCUCACUGCAAAGGCUGCUGAGACAGUUGCAGAAAAUGUGCUGAGUGUGGCCAGUGCUGAAGCUCUACUGAGUGUGGAAGGCAGUGGGCGGGACAAAGGCUCAGAAUUAGCCACCCUAGUACAGUCACUCAGCCUGCAUGACCGUGACCUCACCUCUGAUUUCUCCGAUGCCAUGUCCUCUUUGGAGUCUGUGCUCAAUACCUCUGAUAUCAAAUCUGGUACGGGUGAUAUGAGUGAGGCCAUGACUGUUAUGGAUGUGGGGCUUCACCCAACUGCAGACAGCAGCAAAUCAGGCCACUUAGCCCAAGCAGGAGAAUGCCCGGCUGUGACUGUCAAUGAAGAAAAGCUCGGUGAGCUGGGCAACCUAGGGAUCAGUGGCAGCGUGAGCAGCAGCAGCAGCAGCAUUGGUGGUGUCAGCAGCAGCAGCAGGAAGCGAUGUGGGGGUGUUGUGACGGGAUCCGGGCUGCUGAGCACAGCGCAGAGCUACCCGACACUGACCUCCAGCACCACCUCAACUACCUCCACCACUACCACGGGCGCUGCGGCUUCCUCCACCACCAACCAGCCCUCCACCAACCUGGCCACCUUCCCCCACGGCCUGACCAUGAGCCUCACCUCAACGUCCAGUGACUCAGAACAAGUUAGCCUAGAGGAUUUCCUUGAAAGCUGUCGGGCAAGUACACUCCUUGCUGAGUUGACAGAUGAUGAAUUGCCAGAUCCUGAUGAUGAUGAAAAUGAUGAUGAUGACAAUGAUGACGAUGAUGAUGACUAUGAGGAAGAAGAGGAGUGCUAUGAAGUCAGUAUUUCCUCGUUCCGUCAGGUCCGUAACGGCAAGAGAAGAGGAUGGGAUGAUGAGUUUGUCAUAAAGAGACAAUUCCCAGCUCUCAUUCCAGCCUUUGACCCUCGUCCAGGACGUACUAAUGUUAACCAGACGCAAGAUCUGGAGAUUCCAGCCCCAGGCACGGAGGACCACUUGUGCGAUGCGCCAACAGAGGUAGUAAGCGGCCCUCGACUCAGUCUCACUCUGCGGGGACCCAAUCUCCCCGGGAUACCAGAAGUCGAUGUGCCCAUUACCAAGAGUUCUUCAACCAUCUUUAGUGUUGUUCAGACCCUAGUGAACACUGCCAAUUUCCCUUCACGUCAGGAGAGAUUGAGACGGAUUUGGGAGCCGACGUACACUCUUGUCUACGGUGAGGCUCGUGAAGAUGAGGGCACAGAAGGAGAAACCUCUGGCCACCAAUCCUUCCAGCGUCGCAGUUCCCGAACCAAUAUCCUCACUGAAGCUGCUGGCUCGACACACCCCGGCAGCACAAGCACCACUGCCACUGGGGAUCCUUCAGUGGAGGAUGUGCUACAGCUGCUACGUCAGUUAUUUAUUUUAGGACAGGAUAGUGCUGCAGCAGAAAAAACAGAUUCACCAAUGGAUACACUAGGAGUGAGGUGUGAAGAGUUUGAAUCCAAGAAAGUUGGAAAUAAGCUAGUCCAGCAGGUGGGAGAGGCUGUUGUCCUGGCCUGUGGUGCACUUCCAUCAUGGUGCGAAGACUUGACCUAUGCCACUCCCAUGCUGUUUCCCUUUGACACUAGACACCUUUACUUCAACUGCACUGCAUUUGGUCCAGAGAGGUCCUUGGUGUGGCUCCAAAGUCAGCGUGACGUUAGUGUCGAACGUCGUGGAGGCUUGAGACGAGAUGACCCCCAUGAGUACAGGGUGGGACGACUCAAGCACGAGAGGGUCACUGUCCCUCGCGGCCCCAAUCUGUUGCAGUGGGCUCAGCAGGUCAUGCAUAUUCAUGCAGCACGCAAAUCUAUCCUUGAGGUUGAAUUCCGUGAAGAGGAAGGCACUGGCUUGGGCCCCACUUUGGAGUUCUAUGCACUGGUGGCCGGAGAGCUGCAGCGCGCCGACCUCGGAAUGUGGCUGUGUGAUGACCAGACUGCUGACCCCAUCACCCCCCCGGCUCUUGAUGGAGGCAAUGGGAAUGGGGACUCUCAGGCCAGACCCCCAGGAUACUACAUCCGUCGCCAGGGAGGUCUCUUCCCUGCUCCCCUGCCUCAGGAUAGCUCUGUUUGUGACAAAGCUGUUGAAUUAUUCACCUUCUUGGGAAUAUUCCUUGCCAAGACUUUGCAGGAUAACAGACUUGUGGACUUGCCGUUGUCUCGUCCUUUCCUCAAACUCAUGUGCCAUGGUGAGUUUGCCAAUGUGAAGGACAGAGGCAUUGCUGGAAGCGCUAUCAAGCCUCGUGGAGGAUUGUCUUCUCUGCCUGCGGAGGAGGAUCUCAUGACCUCCUCUAUCAUUAGCGAGGAGAGCGAGAAGGAGUUGGAAUUAGACCCUCCCAAGUAUCGCAUCACAGAUACUCAGCCCUGGUUUACAGGGCUGCUUACCUUAGAGGACUUGUGUGAAGUGGAUGAAGAACGGGGAGGAUUCUUGCAGCAACUCAAAUCCCUCGUCGCCAUCAAGCAGCAGAUUGUUAAUGAUACAUCCAUCACAGAGGAGGAUCGGCGCCUCCAGCUCCACAACCUGGCCCUUCCAUUGCCAAGCAGCAGCCAGGGUGCAGGGCCUCCAGCAGUCAGACUAGAGGACCUGUGUCUUACUAUGCAGUAUGCUGCUCCUUCACGCCACUUGGGUUACACUUCCAUUGAGCUCAGGUCAGGAGGAUCUGACCAGGAGGUGACCCUAGACAAUGUGGAGGAUUAUCUUGAUCUUACCUUGAACUGGGCUCUGGAGAGUGGCAUUAGAAGGCAGUUGGAAGCUUUCCGGGCGGGAUUCUGCCAGGUGUUCCCUCUAAAGAAACUUGGUGCAUUUAGUCCAGAUGAAUUAAGGCUGAUGUUGUGUGGUGACCAGGCACCCAUGUGGACACGUGAGGAUAUCCUGGCUUACACAGAACCCAAGCUAGGAUACACAAGAGACUCCCCAGGAUUCUUGAGACUGGUGAAUAUUCUUGUAGGACUUACAGCCGAGGAACGUAAAGCUUUCUUGCAGUUUACAACGGGAUGUUCCUCACUGCCUCCUGGUGGCCUGGCCAAUCUACAUCCUCGCUUGACUGUGGUUCGCAAGGUUGAUGCUGGUGACGGCUCCUACCCGUCCGUUAAUACAUGUGUCCAUUACCUGAAGUUACCAGAUUACUCUUCGGAAAAUAUAAUGAAGGAAAGGCUCCUUGCAGCCACUCGUGAGAAGGGCUUCCAUCUCAACUAAAUAAUGAUAAAGACUUUAUGCUCAGGUGAUUGCAUUAAGAGUAUAAUAAUUCAAUAGAUUUUAUGAAGAAAAAUAAAAUUCUUGUAUUCAUGGACAAAAUCAUCAUAUUGAUGGACAAAAAAUAAAUAGUGCAUAUAUAUCAGGGCCAAAUUUCAAGGAAUGGGAGAAAUUGUUCAACAUUUCUGGACUAAUUGCAGCAGUAAUUUGCAGACCAAAAUUAGUGUUGAGUGAAAACUUUCGUGCGAAAAAAUGUUAAUAUUUGUUCCCUUGUGGCUGGUAAAAAAUGAAAGUGAACAAGUGAUAUGACUUUCUUAUAAAUAUAAAGGACUUGCUUGGAAUUUUGAGUGUGGCAUGAUCGCUGCCAAGGGCUCAGUAAUUACACAUACUUACUGACUGUCUUACUGAGAAAAAAGAAGAUGAUGAAAACCCACAGAACCAGUUGUCAACUAUCAAACCAAGAAAACUCAACAUUCUAGAAUUCAAGAAUGUGUCUGCAUUCUGAAGUCUGAGAGAUGAAUUUGCACAGUGUUAAAUGUCAUGUUAAAUGUUCCCUGGUGGAGCAGAGCACAUCUUGCUAGCUGUUAUCAUUGACAUAAACAGACUUCUUAUACCGCCUGGACCACCCUAUACAUCGGAAUCAUUCACCUUGUUAGUCAGCCCCCAUUUGAUCAAGGAUGAAAAAUUUGGUAUGUUGUACAUUUGGGUGUGAUGUGUGUGAAUGCUUUGCGGAAACCUCGGCCAGAGUAAUAUUGCACAAAUGUUUUCAUGCCAUGUGAAUGUGAUGCAUUAGACUUACAACCCUGAUGUUCUGACAGGUAUUGAUACCAUGCAGGCUGACAAUGGCCAGUUGUUGUUUUAUGUUGUCACCAUUAGCUUAUGUCUCUCUGUGAUACUGAUGUUGAAGGCAUUGCAUAGGCAGCAAAUUGUAAAUAGAGAUGUACAUCACAAAUAUGCCACUG